CCUCCGGCCACUGAAAGAAGGGUUAUUUCGCCCGCCCCGCGCCUACCAUGAUGUUCCCCGGCCUCCUCGCGCCCCCCGCCGGGUACCCUAGCCUCCUGCGGCCCACGCCCACCUUGACGCUGCCCCAGUCCUUGCAGUCGGCAUUUUCCGGCCACUCCAGCUUCCUGGUGGAGGAUCUGAUCCGCAUCAGCCGACCCCCCGCCUACCUGCCCCGCAGCGUGCCCACCGCCAGCAUGUCGCCGCCUAGGCAAGGGGCCCCCACGGCCCUCACCGACACGGGGGCCUCGGACCUGGGCUCCCCGGGUCCCAGCAGCCGACGGGGCGGCUCUCCGCCGACUGCCUUCUCCCCUGCCAGCGAGACGACGUUUCUGAAGUUUGGAGUGAACGCCAUCCUCUCCUCGGGGCCCAGAACAGAAACAUCCCCAGCCUUGCUCCAGAGCGUCCCUCCCAAGACCUUCGCCUUUCCCUACUUCGAAGGGUCUUUUCAGCCUUUCAUCAGAUCUUCUUAUUUCCCAGCUUCCUCCAGCGUGGUGCCCAUCCCCGGGACCUUCUCCUGGCCGCUGGCCGCGCGCGGGAAGCCUCGGCGGGGCAUGCUGCGUCGAGCAGUCUUCUCCGACGUGCAGCGGAAGGCGCUGGAGAAGAUGUUCCAGAAGCAGAAGUACAUCAGCAAGCCCGACCGCAAGAAGCUGGCGGCCAGGCUGGGCCUGAAAGACUCGCAGGUGAAAAUCUGGUUCCAGAACCGACGCAUGAAAUGGCGGAACUCCAAGGAGCGCGAACUCCUGUCUAGCGGGGGCUGUCGCGAGCAGACCCUGCCCACCAAGCUCAAUCCGCACCCGGACCUCAGCGACGUGGGCCAGAAAGGCCCUGGGAACGAAGAGGAGGAGGAGGAGGGCCCGGGCAGCCCCAGCCACCGCCUGGCCUACCACGCGUCCCCCGACCCCCAGCACCUGCGGGACCCGCGGCUGCCAGGGCCGCUGCCCCCCUCGCCCGCGCACUCGAGCAGCCCCGGGAAACCUUCGGACUUCUCAGACUCCGAGGAGGAAGAGGAGGGCGAAGAACAGGAGGAAAUCACCGUGUCCUAGAAGCCGCUCGCACGCCAGAGUACUAUUUUUAAGUGCUUUGAAAUCGAAGAGGUGGGGUCCAGUCUGCGCAUUCACUUUGUCCCCGUGCCCAGAUGCUGCCUCUCCCGACGGUAGAAACCAUCACCUCAUUGAGGGCGCCACCGGCCCUGCGGUAGCCCCAAAGAGACAUUUCCUUCCCAAAAAAAACCAACUCCAAAUAGUCCUCCCCACAUCAGUUCACUUUAAGUCUUGGUCCCAGCUUAACUUUUCAGCAAGGGCUCCAUUCUAUUUUGUUUAUUGCAAACUAUUUUAAACACAGUGGGGUGUUCUAUGGUCCCACGGCCUGGACCUUACUGUGAGACAGACUCUGCUGGUCGUUAGCAGCAACCACCCUAUAUGGUAGGAAACCUGUUUAUGGAGGAGGAAACCGAGUUGGGAGUGAAAACACCAAACCAUAUAACUAACUCCAGCACCGUUGACCCUCUAGAUCCCUUCACCUCCCCUAAUAGGUAGCAAGGGGCUCCUAUUUCACUCCAGUCUCUCAUCUCCACCCCCUACCCCACUUCUGUCUUCCCAUAGAUGUUCUCUUAGAAAGCUCAAGAUUUUC